UCAAAACAACGCGCCUGUCCUGAUUGGCCGGCGGCGAGCACGUGACUUCACAGCUGAUUUCCGCGGAUGGCAUGUUUUCUCAGGAUCGGAUGCUCGUCUUCACCUCGGCGAGGCAUGAAUGCGCCUCUCAUCGCCGCUGGAUCAGCCGUGGCUCACUGACACACAGCAGACCCACAGGCGUUAUGGCCCAGGCUGCACAGAUGAACGUCGUCCUGGACAUCAACACUCCUCUCCGAGUGGAGCACGACAAGAAAAGACGACAAUUCAGCAUCCGACUGAACGGUUCCCAUGACAGGGCUGUUCUGCUGUAUGAAUAUGUGGGGAAGAAGACCGUGGAUCUGCAGCACACCGAGGUUCCUGAAGCUUACCGAGGACGAGAGAUUGCCAAACACCUUGCCAAGGCUGCAAUGGACUUUGUGGUAGAGGAGGACCUAAAAGCCCAUUUAACCUGCUGGUACAUCCAGAAAUACGUCAAAGAAAACCCUCACCCCCAUUACUUGGAGCACGUCCUCCACUGAGAGCCAGAGAUGGGGACGAUCUCCAUUCUAAUAGGAUGAUUUGGGAUUGGGUGGGAUAGGUAUCUUUUGGGAUUCCCUAAUCUGUCUGACUGGUCUUGAAACUCCACAAAAGAAAGGGAUUUAUUUUUUGUUUGCGAGUGAGUUCGAUUUAAGAAGGGGAGAGAUCUGAAAAUACGAAACGUUUUCUUAGGACAGAUAAGAGUGUGGACAUUGAGGUGGGCUAGUUUCCCAGUGACUCAAGCGGACUUUCAAGCCAAUCCAGAGAAGUGAGGGGAUUAUGACACCUAUUAUGAACUCAAAAUAUCGACUGUUUGAUAUGAUCAUAAGAGUGACGUUAGACUCCAUAUGCCUCUCUGGCCUUACACCUUCAGAUUUAGUGGUGCUCACGAGAGAGUUACACGUGUACUUGUGUUCCCACAUGCACAGAACGUGCACACUCAGCCUGGCGUGGCGUUUUAGGGACAUCACAAUCUAACCGUCCUGUCAGAAACGACUAUUUCUUCUGUGCAUGUUCAAGGCUGAUCUUGUGCUUUUGCAUGUGUGUAUCUGUGUAUACUAUGGCCAGUGAAGAGCUCAGACUCUGGAGACAAUCGCCUGCCCAUAUAUUUGCAGGGCUGAACCUCUCAGGAUGCACACUUUAUAAAAACAAUAAAGCACCUCUGCAAAGGGGAUUCUGUUACAUGUGGUUGGAUGCGUGUGUGUGCGUUGAAUAACCGAAUAUGAGCGUGUGUAUGUUAGUUACUCCCAAAAUUCCCAGGGGUCUUAUUAAAAGUUGAUGAACUGCCUUCAGCAAGAUCGGUUGUUUGCAGGGUAGGCAGUGCACAGAGCAGACCAUCAUGCCAUGUUCUGUGCUGACACCAUUGAUGACCAUGAUAUUCCUGGUGAUGAUAAUGAAGGCUGUCUUUUUUUAAAUAAAGCAACUGGGCUCUGAUAUGUCAAAUUGUGAUGUAAUAAAGCCUAAAGAUGCCUGAAAUUCAUCUGUUUUUACACACUUAUGUACUUUUAAUA